AUGAAGGCACUCGAGGUUCGUCCAUUCACUGUCGUUGGGGCAGCCUCCGUUGGUGUCAAGGCUGGUGGCCCACGUGUGGGCAUCAAGGACGACGCGACUCAAUUGGUUGGCUCCACUCCCAUGGUGUACCUCAACAAGGUGAACGAGCGCUGCUUCGCCAAAAUAGCUUGCAAGCUUGAGCUCAUGGAGCCAUGUAGCAGUGUGAAGGACCGGAUUGCGUACAACAUGAUAAAAAGGGCUGAGGAGCAGGGCAUCAUCUCGCCUGAUAAGACAAUCCUGGUGGAGCCGACAAGUGGAAACACAGGGGUGGGCCUGGCAUACAUAGCGUCAGCAAGGGGCUACAAGCUCAUUCUGACAAUGCCAGACACCAUGUCAACAGAGCGCCGGAUCUUGCUGAAGGCAUUCGGAGCCGAGCUCAUUCUGACGAAUGGGAAGCUGGGCAUGACAGGGGCCAUUCAGAAGGCAGAGGAGAUUGUGGAGGGGACAGAGGGGGCCUACAUGCUGCAGCAGUUUGAGAACCCAGCCAAUCCUGAGGUGCACUACAACACCACAGGGCCGGAGAUCUGGGAGGACACCGCCGGCACAGUGGACAUUCUCGUCGCAGGCGUGGGCACGGGGGGCACCAUCAUGGGGUCGGGGAGGUACCUGCAGGAGAGGAAGCCGGAGGUGCAGCUGGUGGCAGUGGAGCCCACUGAGAGCCCUGUGCUGUCCGGCGGCAGGCCGGGCUAUCACCAGAUCCAGGGCAUUGGCGCCGGUUUUGUGCCCAAGGUGCUGGACAUGGACAUGCUGGACGAGGUCAUCAUGGUGUCAUCCAAGGACAGCGUGGUCAUGGCGCGUCGGCUGGCCCUCGAGGAGGGCCUCCUGUGCGGCAUUUCCUCGGGAGCAGCCGUGGUGGCAGCCAUCCGGGUGGCGCAGCGGCCGGAGAACAAGGGGAAGCUGGUGGUUGUGGUGCUGCCCUCCUUUGGCGAGCGCUACCUGUCCACUGUCCUCUUCAACAACCUCUGGGCAAAGGCACGCCAGCUCUCUCCUGGGCAUCCCUCUUUUGCUCAAGCUGAUGCGGAUGCUGAGAAUAGGAUGCCCCACGAGUGGCGUCUGUCGUCUGGUGAUGAGAAGGAAACAGACGAGCCCAAGCUGUGAGCAACACCGCAGCUCUGCUGCAGGUGCUCAGAAACACACUGACGGAAGAGCUUAAAUUGUACUAUUACGCCAGCAAUGACCUCUGUAAGGAUGCUGCGUUGAAGGGUUUUGCAAGAGAUUGCUAGAGCCGGUAGGCAAAAUUCCUUCUGCACCUUGCAUUGUGACAGGCUGAGGUACAGAGAUGGACCUCUGAGGACACUUGAGGUCAAAAUUUUAGCGGGAGACAUCUAAGAUGGUCUAUGGAGAGUGCAGCGCUGUUUGUUCAGUUGUGGCAUGGAUACAAAGUUUAAACUGUGAGUGCCGCUCUAAUAUCAUUACUCGCAGCUUGAUGAGGUGCAAACAGUCAAGACUGUUGGACACCCGGGUUUUGCUGAUAAUUCGGUUUAUGCUGUAGCGAUAGUAUGCAUUCUAUGAUCUACUUUACUACGGUAUGUAUGAUUGGCAGAUCUGUAUUCUUGGGACAGCACACAUAUGUUACAGAGUCUAUUAAAUACAGACUCUUCUUC